AUGCGACAGACCGAAAAGCGAGAUACUCUGAUCGCCAUCGAGAAGAAGUACCAGCAAGAAUGGAAGAAGAACCGAGUUUUCGAGGUCGACGCGCCCUCCCUCUCCGAAGUUCCUGCGGGGAGCAUGUCCGCCGCGGAGUUGAGGGAGAAGUAUCCUAAAUUUUUUGGUACUAUGGCCUAUCCCUACAUGAACGGUACCCUGCACGCCGGCCACAGUUUCACUGCGAGUAAGGUCGAGUUCAUGACCGGUGUCGCCCGCAUGGAGGGCAAGAGAGCCCUUUUCCCUCUCGGUUUCCACUGUACCGGUAUGCCCAUCAAGGCUUGUGCGGACAAGCUGGUGGAUGAGGUCAAGAAGUUUGGAAAGAAUUUCGAGGGAUACAAGGACGACGAGGAGGCCCCGGCGCAGCCUGCUGCUCCUACCCAAGAGGUUGAGGUUGACCGGACGAAGUUCUCCGGCAGCAAGAGCAAGGCCGCCGCGAAGACGGUGAAGAUGAAGUACCAGUUCCAGAUCAUGCUGGCUGUUGGUGUUCCUCUGGAAGAGAUCCACAAGUUUGCCGACGCUUCAUACUGGCUCGAGCACUUCCCCCCGCUCGCUAUUCGUGACCUGGACAGCCUCGGUGCCAGGAUUGACUGGCGAAGACAGUUCGUGACUACUGACGCGAACCCUUACUAUGACGCCUUCGUGCGCUGGCAGAUGAACCGUCUGCAUGAGUUGGGUAAGAUCAUGUACGGAAACCGUUACACGAUCUACUCUCCCAAGGAUGGCCAGCCUACCAUGGACCACGACCGACAAGAGGGUGAGGGUGUUGGUGUCCAGGAAUACACCGCCGUGAAACUAAAGGUUAAGGAGUGGUCGCCCGCGGCUGCGGAGUUGGUGAAGGGUAAAAUCGAAGAUGACGCUAAUGUAUAUUUCGUCCCGGCUACUCUGAGACCAGAGACUAUGUAUGGUCAAACUUGCUGCUUCGUGGGCCCCAAGAUCAACUAUGGCAUCUUCAAGGUCAAGGAGAAGGAGUACUAUGUCGCCACCAAGAGAGCAGCCUGGAACAUGGCCUUCCAGGGCAUCUUCUUCGACAGCGAGCACUUCCCCAAGACUCAAGACCAGUUGCCCACUGUUGUCGAGGCCGCUGGUUCCGCUUUCGUUGGAACUCUUGUUAAUGCCCCUCUCUCCGUGCACACGCAGGGCAUUCGUAUCCUGCCUAUGGAGACCGUGUCUGCUAGCAAGGGUACUGGUGUCGUUACUUCUGUUCCAUCCGACAGUCCUGAUGAUUUUGCUACGGUGACGGAUCUUGCGAAGAAGGCCGACUACUACGGUAUCAAGAAAGAAUGGGCUGAGCUCGAGAUCAUCCCCGUCAUUGAGACUCCAACCUACGGCAACCUGACGGCCCCGACCCUGGUUAAGCAGCUAAAGAUCAAUUCUCCCAAGGACGCCAACCAACUGGCUCAGGCUAAGGAUCUGGCCUAUACUGAAGGUUUCUACAAGGGUGUCAUGCUUGUGGGUGAAUUCAAGGGCCAGCCAGUACAGGCUGUCAAGGACAAGGUCCGCAAGUCUCUUAUCGACAGCGGUGACGCUUUCCCAUUUGCCGACCCCAUGGGUAAGGUUAUCUCUAGAAGUGGAGAUGAGUGUGUCGUUGCCUACUUGGGUCAGUGGUUCUUGAACUACGGAGAGAAUGAUCAAAAAUGGCAGCAGGACACCUUGAACCAUGUCGUUAACACCCUCAACACCUACACUCCCGAAACUAAGAAUGGCUUCGAGAAGAACCUUAGCUGGCUCAAUCGCUGGGCCUGCGCGAGAACAUACGGUCUCGGUUCCAAGCUUCCUUGGGAUCCUCAGUUCCUUGUUGAGAGUCUGAGUGACAGUACUGUUUACAUGGCUUACUACACUAUCGCUCACCUUCUGCACAAUGACAGAUAUGGCAAGGAGCCAGGUUCCCUGAACAUCAAGCCGGAGCAAAUGAUUGACGAGAUCUGGGACUACGUUUUCACUCGCCGCGAACUCAGCGACGAGCUUGUCCAGAAGAGUGGUAUCAACAAGGAGGCCCUGCAGGCCAUGCGGAGAGAAUUCGAGUACUGGUACCCGCUGGACGUCAGAGUCUCUGGCAAGGAUCUGAUCCAGAAUCACUUGACAUUCUUCCUGUACAUCCACGUUGCCUUGUUCCCACCGGAGUUCUGGCCCCGUGGUGUCCGGGCUAACGGCCACUUGCUCCUCAACGGUGAGAAGAUGAGUAAGAGUACCGGUAACUUCUUGACCCUGCGGGAUGCAGUCGACAAAUAUGGUGCCGAUGCCACCCGUAUUGCAUUCGCGGAUGCGGGUGACGGUAUCGAGGACGCCAACUUCGAAGAGACUGUUGCCAACAGUAACAUCCUGAGAUUGUUCACACUUAAGGAGUGGAUUGAGGAGACACUGAAGAACAGCAGCCUCCGAACAGGACCUGCUGACGCCUUCUGGGAUAAGCUGUUCGAUAAUGAACUGAACAGCCUCGUUCGGGAAACAAGGAAACAUUACCAAGAUACCAACUUCAAACUGGCUCUCAAGUCCGGUCUGUACGACUUCGUCAGUGCUCGUGAUUCGUACCGUGAAGCAACCACAUCUGCUGGGGUGGGCAUGCACCGGGAUCUUGUCCUGCGAUAUGUCGAGCUCCAGGCUCUUCUGCUUGCCCCAAUUGCUCCUCACUGGGCCGAAUACAUCUGGCUUGAAAUCCUCAACAAGCCCGAAACUAUCCACAAGGCCGUCUUCCCUGAUGUUCCAGAGCCUUCGCCUUCUCUGUCUGCUGCAUCGACGUAUGUGCGCUCCACUUCAUCUGCUAUUACUUCUGCCGAGGCUGGAUUUGCCAAGAAGCUCUCCAAGGGCAAGGGCUCGACUUUCGACCCGCGUAAGCCGAAGAAGCUCACCAUUUACGCUGCGAAGAAGUACCCGAGCUGGCAGGAGAAGUACAUUGACCUCGUGCGCGAGGCUUUCGACGCAGUCCAUCUUUCCAUUAAUGACAAGGAGCUCAACCCGAAGGUGGCUAAGCUCGGCGAGAUGAAGAAGGCUAUGCCUUUCGUCCAGACGCUCAAGAGACGCCUGAUCCAGGCCAAGGAAGCCCCUGAAAUUGUGUUUGAGCGCAAGCUGCCGUUUGAUGAAUUCGCUGCCCUGCAGGAGAUGGCCGGUUCCAUUAAGAAGACCAUUGGCUGCAAGGAACUGGAAAUCAUUGCUGUCGAUGAAGGUGGUAAGACCGGCGAGGUCGUGGGCACUGGUGAGAGGAGAGAAGGUCUCUCGGCUGAGAACGCCGUUCCAGGCCAGCCUAGCUUCCAAUUUGUCAACAUUGAGGAGUAA